AGCUUCACUUCGUGUCCACAUAUUUUUGACCAUGUAGUAUGUUAGGUACAAAUAACGAGUGAUUUCCUGUGGUCCUGAGUUCUACCUAAACUCACUACCAGUGAACACUGACUAAUGAUUGUAUAUUGAUUACUGAUGUGUUCCAGUACCGUGGCUCAUACAGAAUGAGGAUCUAUGAGAGGGAGAACUUUGGAGGCCAGAUGUCCGAGCUGAUGGACGACUGUGACAAUGUCAUGGAUCGUUACCGCAUGUCCAACUGCAUGUCUUGCCACGUGAUCGACGGACACUGGCUGAUGUAUGAGCAGCCCCACUACAGAGGCAGGAUGAUGUACAUGAGGCCUGGAGAGUACAGGAGCUUCAUGAACAUGGGCAUGGGCAACAUGAAGUUCAUGAGCAUGAAGCGCAUCAUGGACUCUCACUAUUAGAGUCACCAUGGA